AUGCCGCCCCCGUCCCUGCCCGGCCCGUCCCUGCUCCUCCUGCUGCUCCUCCUGCUCCCGCUGCUCUGCGCGGCCCCCGAUGUUUCAAGGGGAAAUAAGCUUAAACUGAUGCUUCAGAAACGAGAAGCCCCUGUUGCUGCAAAGCCUGAGGUGUCAGUGAAGGAAAUGGCAGCCAAGGAGUUCCUGAGCAGCCUGAGACGCCAGAGGCGCCAGCUGUGGGACAGAAGCCAGCCUGAUGUACAGCAGUGGUACCAGCAGUUCCUGUACCUGGGAUUCGAUGAGGCGAAAUUUGAAGAUGACAUCUCCUACUGGACAAACUUAGGGCGUGCUCGUAAUGAAUAUUAUGGUGGGUACUACCAGCACCACUACGAUGAAGAUUCUCCAAUUGGCCCACGAGAUCCACACAGCUUCAGGCACGGAGCAGGCGUCAACUAUGACGAUUACUAAAGUCAUUUAUCCUACUACAGCUGGUGCCUGUAGGGCUGCACUGGGCAAAAGUGAGUCCUCCCUUGGUCAGAAUGACCCCGCUUUCUUUCUAUUCAUGUCAUACAGCAAGAGUAAAGGAACUGCCAGACUUUGAUGAAAGCAACAUGAUUUUAACUACCAUUACUUAGUAGUACACUUUAUAUAAAGUGUUUUAGAAAUAAAGCUUUUUCGAUAAAAUAAGCAGGUUGCCAUUAUUCAGUAGAGUUCAUAACAGCAAGUUUAAUUCCAACUGUAUUACUACGGAUUUCUUUUUAAAGGGCACUUUCAUUUGCAAAAUUACAUUAUAUCAUCUACUUUGGCAUAUAGAAUAUAUAAUAUAAGCCAGUAUACUUAAGAUGUGCCUGCUCAUUCAGAUUUUUAUCAACAAAUAAAUCCAAUUAUUCUUGUGGGAAAAGAGAAAAAAAUUCCUCUCAAUUG